GUCAAACAAAACGGAAAUGAAGAUCACUGAACAUAAACGCAGUAUUGUGUAGUGCAGCUCCAGAGAUAGCAGACGUGGCGGAUAUAGGGACGGAGACGAUACUCCCCCUUCUUCAUUAAUGUGAUAUAUAUAUUUUCAAUGGGGGAUUACGGUCUUUCUCUGGCUUCGAAUCUAAGUGGAAUACAAGCUAAACUCCAAAACAAGUUGCAGUUUUCAUCGGAAUCUUCACCAUCAACACGUACGAUGCAAGAUGAGAUAAAUGACAGAUCAGUGAAUAAACAGCUGCAGCAAUCAGAUAAGUCUAAUAAUAAUUCAAGUAAUCAAAAUGGAGAUUUAAAUAGAGUAUCUAAGAGUGAAAAUUCGAAUAUACACUUCCCAUUAAUCGACGAGAAACGAUUAAGUAACCCACUUCAAGGGCUGGACCAGCCAUCUACGUCAACAGCUGUCAUUACUUCACAUUCCACAACUGACACGGGAUUAUGGUCAAACUCCACUGCCGAUGACUCUUAUUUACAAGGAUAUCAAUCGUUGAAUGGCACUGUUGCUUUUCAGCAGUUUCCUCCAGCCCCAAACAGUAUCUACAGUAGUGGAAUAUCAUCCCAUAUGGGAGUAAAUCAUCUACCACAGAAUCCCCAAAGGAGAGCCAUUACUGCUCAACAUAACUUUCAGAAUCAGAGACCCCAACCAAGCAUGUUAUUAAAUAGUAAUGCCAAACCAUUCUCAAGUAAUUGGAGUACACAACAGCAACAGUGGUCAACACAGAACCAGCCUCCAACAAUGGCAUCUUGGAAUAGUAUGACCCAACCAGGUCAAAGAAGGUCAAUGCCAAAUAUGAACCCAUUUUUGAAAAAGAGCAGCAUUUCACAGCAAUUUUCUAAUCAAACUUUUCUUGCCCCAUCAAAGUUCCGUCGAAGCACUUCAUUCCCAGGUCAGAUGCACCAAGCGACGAUGAUGAAACCUAGCAGCUUUGAUCACAUGUCUGCUAUUGAUGAUCUUCAGAGAGACAGCGUACUUAAUUACCAGGAUCGCACCAGUUCUCUAGACAGCAUGAAAUUUUCUGCAUUUGAAAGUCAGCUGUUAGACAUUAUGAAAUCUUCUGGUGACAACAAUGAUAUGCUUAAAGGUAAACAGAUUUAUGGCUUCCCUGACAGAAAUCUAAUGCUAGAUGAUGAUUCUUUGGACCAGACAGUGGCAAGCCUUACUGCCAGGGGUUCUCCACAGGGGGAAAGAAUUGAACGCUUUUCACGCAAAGUAUUUGUUGGAGGUCUUCCCCCAGAUAUUGAUGAAGAGGAGAUUACAGCAGCAUUUAGAAGAUUUGGUCCUCUUGUAGUUGACUGGCCCCACAAAGCCGAAAGUAAAUCGUAUUUUCCACCAAAAGGUUACUGUUUCCUGCUAUUUCAAGACGAGAUGUCUGUUCAAGCUUUGGUGGAAUCUUGUAUUCUUGACGAUGACAAACUGUAUUGGUGUGUUUCCAGUCCAACAAUGAAAGAUAAACCAGUACAGAUAAGGCCAUGGACUUUGAGUGAUUCUGAAUUUUUUAUUUCAAUUCAGGUACAGAUAAGGCCAUGGACUUUGAGCGAUUCUGAUUUUGUUAUGGAUGGAUCACAACCUUUGGACCCAAGAAAAACUAUCUUUGUUGGUGGAGUACCAAGACCACUUAGAGCUGUUGAAUUAGCAAUGAUAAUGGAUAGGUUAUAUGGAGGUGUUUGCUAUGCUGGAAUUGAUACUGAUCCAGAACUGAAAUAUCCCAAAGGAGCAGGCAGAGUUGCUUUCUCCAAUCAGCAAAGUUAUAUUGCUGCCAUUAGUGCUAGAUUUGUCCAGUUACAGCAUGGAGAAAUUGAUAAACGGGUUGAAGUAAAGCCGUAUGUUUUAGAUGACCAGAUGUGUGAUGAAUGUCACGGGGCAAGAUGUGGAGGAAAGUUUGCUCCAUUUUUCUGUGCCAAUGUGACUUGUCUACAGUACUACUGUGAGCAUUGCUGGGCUCAGAUCCAUUCCAGACCAGGGAGAGAGUUUCACAAACCACUUGUCAAAGAAGGAGCAGACAGACCAAGAGCUGUACCCUUCCGUUGGUGCUGAAGGAACAAAGUGCUAGCUGUUGCAUUUGGACUUAACAACACAUGGACUAGCCAUGAUAUUAUUGUAAUUUUAAAGUAGAUCAUGGCAUAAUAUAUUCACAGCUUUUUAGAAACUUUUCUGAAAUAAUUUUUUUCUAGUUUUUCACAGAAGACUUUCUAGAAAGCUAUUUGUAUGUCCAUUUAUUAUUGCAGCAGUGACAAAAGGGUUUGUCUCAGUCUUGCCAAGUGGUUUUCACUUUCUCAAAAGACUUACAUUUUUAGAAUAAGAAUUGAAAUUAAGUGUUCAAUCUAGUCACAUAUAGUAAAUUAAUAUAUUUUAAUAAUUAUUUGUUUUGAAUGAUUUCUUUAAAUAUUUUGAAGUUGAGGGAAUUGUUUUUUUUAAUUAUUCAGCAUUUUCACUUUGUAUUUUGAUGUUUAUAAGCAUUUUAUACUUUUUUGCGACUUUGAAGUUAUUGCAUGCUGAUGUUAAUGAUGUAAUUAGAGAAAUUUUAUAACCUUUGCUGUUUUGUAUGAAUUUUUACUGUGAUUUUAAGAAAGGGCCAGUGUAUAGAUAUGCUGUUGUGUAUACUGUAUAUUUCUGUUUGUCCAAUCAUUUGAGUGUAAAUCUUCAUCAUCCUUUCAAUGAUUAAAACUAUUGGCCAAAUUAAUAAAAUAUGGUGCAAAAUAAAAUAGUUAGAUUUGAGUAUAAAAAAUUCAAAAUUUUCAUUGCUAUUUAUUUAGUCAACAAAACUUUUUGUUACUUCAUUGCUCAUUAAAAAAGGAAGAUAGAAUUUCUCUAAAGACUUUUUACUUGUUAUAACUUAUUCCUGUAAAUAUGUUAUAUUUAUUAUUGAAUUCCUCAAGAGUUUUAGAUUGUUUUUUUUUUUAACCUGUACUCAGUUAUUUUGAGUAUUUAGCAAUAAUGUCAUUUAUUGUUUCUAAAUUAAUUGUUGUGCUGUAUUUGUGGAAAAUUGUGAAAAAAAGUGUUCAGGUAUUUGGUUUGUUCAAGACUUCACUUGUUAAUAUUAACAUAAAUCAGAAGAGAUAAGAUAUUUUUACAAAAGGUGUAAAAUCAUUGAAAAAAAGAUUUUUAAGGUACAGACAUAGUACUAUUUCUGUGCCUGAAACUAUAUGGUUGUGUAUCCCUUGUUAUAUAUCCUUAAGACGAUAUCAAAUGUUUACUUCAGUGAGUUUUUUGUUGGAUUGAAGAAAAUUUCUCAACAUCUUAAAGACUUGGCUUAUUCCAUGGAACCACAAAUUAUUUACAUAUUAUAUGACAGUAACUUUCAUGGUAUAAACACAAAUCUAGGUAGCCAUGUCAAAGCACAAAAAUUGCUUCUGAAGUAAAAUUGUUGAUAUUUCUUCUAUCUGGUAAUUUAUUUUCCUCAUAUUUUAAUAUUUAUGGUUUCCAGUGCUUUAUGUUGAUGUUUAUUAACCUGACCUCGCGAUUGAACAUUUAAAUCUAGUCUAUAAUCAUAUGUACUAAACUUUAUAUUCCUCUCUCGUUGGAAAGGAAAUAAUUUUUAAGUUUUACAUUUCUUAAGUACACUUCAUUUUUAGAAAUGCAGAAUUCAGAAAAACAUAUAAAUUUAAUUAUUACUUUGAAUAAAUACAACUUUAUUAUUUCCAGUAGUAAUUCAGAUUCAAUUUUUCACCUUUUGACAAGAUAAUAUUUAAUAUUUAUUUUCCGAUUUUUCAUUCAUGAAAUGUACUUUUUCAAUGUGGCGGCUUUAUAUUAUGCAGGAAGUGCAUAUAAAAAGCAAAAAAAAGAAAAUUUACACUACUUUAGAUGCUGAAUUGAUUAAAACAUAUCAUAUUUUACCCUGCCUUGCCAGCAUUGGUUUUUAGCUGUUUGUGACUUUUUAUAUAUUUAAAUGAUGUAAUUUUUUAAUGGGCGAAAAAGGAAAGUUUGGUCACAUUUUCUGGAUUUUAUUUUUUAAGCAUAAACAAGAUUCCAAAUACUUUACAAAAAUGACAUUUAACUAAUUGUGCAGUAAAGACCACACCGUUUUGCUGUUAUCCUCAUAAAACCCAUACAAUUUUUGUAUAAUACUUA